AUGCGCUCGACGAGUUCGUUCGACAACUCUGCUCACACCGCCAGCAGCAAUAUGAGAACUGUCGCAGCUGUUCUGGCUGUCGUCUGCUACGUAUACGCUCAGCAAGCACCAUUCGCUCUUCCAAGACUUCCGAAGGUGAGCUUGUUGAAAGAUCGAAAUUCGCUUCUUCAGGUAAAAGUGGAAGGAUCGAAACCGAAACGGUGA